AUGCACAUCAUCCAGUUCGCAUCCAACUAUGCCAUUCCCGCCCACUCCGUCCCGUCCGCCAUUUCGAGCUCUCAAGCUCUCUCCCCAGGAGCCCGCUCCGGUGAGAUCGAGCUCGAAAAGUAA